CAACAUGUACAGCCCGUACAGUACCCACUGGUACUAGCAAUAUGAGAUCAAGGCUGCCUCAUGUACGCCUGCGAUGGACCUGAUCGCAUAUGACCAGCGCAGGAUCUUGGGAUCACUGCUUGAUCGCAAGUCGGUGCCGGGGCCACGCAUACCAGCAUAUAAAAGGAGACCCAUGCCUGUCGUAUCCUCCAGCUCAUCUUCUCCUUUCGAGUUCACCGAGUAGGUUGCCGGCAACCUCGCUCUAUUGUUUUACGACUCACGUUCUUCCCGCCGAAAUCCUUGAUAACGACCCCAGCACAUACAAGACAACAUGCGCUACUCUACACUCGCCUCUACUGUCCUUUUGGCGGUGGCCACAGCUCCCGCACUCGCUCAUCCGGUCACCAUUCGCGCGACCGGGGAUGCCUCCAUGGUCAGCGAGCGCGAGCUCCAAGACGUACUGGUGGGGCGCGGCUACUACGACGACAUCCUCUCGCGGGACCUCGAGGCGCGUAAAGACCCUGACAAAGCAGUGUCGAAGCAGGCCGCUGCGAGUGCCCAGGGGCAGAGGCGGAUGACAAUGGGCCAGUGGCGGCAGCGGCAGGCCGGUAGGGAGGAGGAGAAGGGGAAGCGCUUGCCAAACCCGUCUCACCCGCAUCUGAACGGCGGCGCCGGGCAGGGGGCGGGAGGAGGCCAACACCGUUCCCGGGAGUAUGACCUCGACGGCGGGCUGUUCGGGCGCGCGACCGAGGAUGCCUCCAUGGUUGAGCGUGCGCUCCAAGACGCACUAAUGGAGCGCGGCUACUACGACGACCUCCUCUCCCGAGACCUCGAGGCGCGUAAAAACCCUGAAAAGCCGAAGCCGGACGCUGCUCAGAGGCGGAAGGAGUUGAGGGAGGGUCAGUUGAGGGCAUUUGAGCACGGUAUGGCCCAGGGUCAUGACAGGCCGACUCAGAUUUUUGGCCAGGGGACUCGGCCUGGUCCGUCUCGCCCGCAACAGAGUGGCGGCGCCGGGCAGAGGGGGGGAGGCCAACACCGUCCCCGGGAGUAUGACCUCGACGGCGAGCUGUUCGGGCGCACGACCGAGGAUGCCUCCAUGGUCGAGCGUGAACUCCAAGACGCACUGAUGGAGCGCGGCUACUACGACGACCUCCUCUCUCGGGACCUCGAGGCGCGUAAAAGCCCUGAAAAGCCGAAGCAGGGCGCUGCGAGUGCCCAGAGCCUGGGGCACCUGCAAGAGCAGAAUCGGGUGGUGGGGGGGUUCUUGCGGGGGCAGAUGCAGGCGCGGAGGCGGGAGCGGGAGCAGAUGCAGAGCCUCUCUCCCUCCACGUCUGGUCCGUCUCACCCGCAUCCGAACGGAGGCGCUGGGCAGGGGGCGAGAGGCCAACACCGUCCCCGGGAGUAUGACCUCGACGGCGGGCUGUUCGAGCGCGGCUUCGAGGCAGAUGAGCUUGACUGAGCGGACAGCGUAGCAUGAUCGUGGCGCUGUACGAUGUAUCUCUGCCUGUCGUACGCAUCGUGUACAUUGUUGCGCAUUGCUUGUAAUGUGAAUCGUAACGUGAAG